UACUACACGAAAAUAUAUUCCCGUCUGUAAUGGCAACCAAUCAAGCAGACUCGAGUCGGCGAAAAGAGGUACGUAGACUGAUUGAUGUUCCAGGACUGGAGUGGAAACAGAAUGACGUCAUUGUAUGUCCAUCCUCAGAAAUCACAGGUCAAGAGAAACAACACGUUUUAUUUUUUGGAGGAGAUGUGCAGACAUAUCCAGAAGACAUGGCGUCCAGCAGAAAUCAAGAGUACUUGGAAUACAAUUUGGAGAACACAGCACGGAUUCUUGCACGUCGAUUUCCCGAUAGCGUCAUUUUCAUUGUCAAACCAUCCAAAAUGAUUUUUUAUACAUUUAGCAUUUAUAAGAAUUUCUUAAGUUUCACCGAAGACGGAAUUCCGUACAUUGGUAAUCAUCCAGAAAGUAAAAGUGGAAUAGAAGGUUUGACUCAUCUUGUUCAUCUUUAUCACAAUGCAAUGCGUCAAAUGACGCAGGAUCAUUCCCUUCCUAGCAAUUCUCCUCCAAUUUCAUUGGUUGGAUUCAGCAAAGGUUGUGUGGUGUUGAAUCAAAUAAUGUUUGAAAUGUUUUCUUGUGCAAAAAUUGAGGACAUCAAGGUGAAGGACAUUGUAGACAGACUAACCUCUGUUUAUUGGUUGGAUAGUGGUCACGUGGGUGAAAGGGACGCGUGGUUAACAGAUGACGCAGUUUUAUCAGCAAUGGUACACAAAGGUCUUCAAAUCUAUGCACAUGUAACGCCUUAUCAAGUGCGCGAUUCUCUUAGGAAAUGGAUUGGCAAAGAGGAAAAAAAGUUUGUGGAGAAAAUAAAAAAAUUAAAUGGGAAUAUUACGGAAGGCAGACAUUUUUUUGAUGAGCCUGGAAGUAUUGAGAAUCAUUUUAAGAUACUUAAAGUGUUUUAAUGUCACCAAUACUUAAAAAGAAAAUUUAUCACAUUCUGUAUGUAUAAUUAUUGAGAUAUGAAAUUAGAAUUUAGUUGUAAGUUAAUUAAAUGUAAAUUUAAAGGAACUGUUACUUUUUAAUAUGAUGUACAUCUGUUUUGAAUUAAUAUAAGAUUGAUAUAAAUGUAAUUGAUCACAGAACAGUUUUCCUUAACACUGAGCAAUAAUACCGAAAAAAUGUCAAAGGCAUGAUCAUAUAGAUCUAAAAAAGAAAAAAUGUACAGUGUACAUGAUGUAUAUAAGAUCUUCCAUGGUUGUGGUUCUAUAGAUAUUUUUUUCUCCAAUGAGCUGUACGAUUUUAUCCCUUUUGGAAUAAAAGAACACCAGUGUGAAUAAAAUCAUAUCCCAACCACAAAUCACGAGUUUCUUUUCAUCGCGUUUUACAAAUAGUUAUUUCAUGUUUAGCUGCAGAACUGUAAG